ACACGUCCACAUAUCCCGACCGUGGAAAUCAAACACAAACGGUCGGAUUAAAACUUGGGUUCUGUAUAAGUUUCUGCCCAAGCCUCACGAGCUCCUCCCCGUCUCCCCGAAAUCCGGCGCCGCGCUGUCUUUUCGUCUAGCCUCGCGUCUCCGAUCCAGCGCAAUCCGGUGGGCGGUCUCCCCAUUCUGACGGGGCUCUGAUCCAGUGGUGUGAUUCGGCGGCUGCUGGAUCGGUCGGCGCCACAGGGAGCUGCGGAUUCAGCUCCGGGUAGCCAGAUUUGACUGCGUAGAACGAGACCUGGGAGGCGCGCCCAUCGCCAGAGGUGCUCGCCGGGGACGGCACAUGCGCGUGACGCUCACGCCCAAGGACGAGGAUUGGCUGGUCGUGCUGAUGACGAGGGAGCGCCCGCGGUCGGCGGUGGUCGCGCCUGGGGGGGACGUCUUCACCGCCGGUGGCGGCGGGGAGACGUCCGAUGGGGACUCCUCAGAGUCGCUGGAAGAAAUUAGUGCCGCCGACUUUAAGGAGUCGUCCAGUGGCACCGCCGCUGCGUCGGCGUCGGCGCAGAGAUCUAGGGUUUGGAUGGGAUACACCAUGUCCAGGAGUUAUGCGCCGGCGUUCCACAGCUUUGCUUGGGCGCAGGCUGUGCAGAACAAGCCUCUCGUUCCGCGGCCUGUUGCCGACGAGGACGAGGUAGAGCACCUCGUCGACGCCUCGGACGAGGAGAAGGAAGAGGGCGAGAUUGAGGAGGGGGAGGCCGUACAGUCCACUUCCCCUCCAAUUAAGCAGCCUGAGACCAUCGACUUGGACUCUGAUGCGCAGGACAAGUCAGAGUCAGUGGCCAUGGAGCAGACCCCUUUGGCCUUCGAGGCAGCUGAUGAGCUGGAUUUUGACCAGCGCGUGGGGAGUAUACUGGAGGAGCUUGAGAGGCUUUCCAUUGAGGAAGCUGAGAAGUCAUUUGAGGGUUCGUGUGCCCGCCUGCGGUCUUGCUUUGAGAGCCUUAAGCCGCUGUUCCCAGAGAGCGGUAGCCCGAUGCCUAUGCUUGAUGCUCUUGUGCAACAGGCUUUUGUUGGAAUCGACACCAUCACCACUGUAGCUAAUUCAUAUGCGAUGCCGAAGAGGGAGCAGAACAAGAACAUGCUCUUGAAGCUGUUGUUUCACAUAAAGAACAGAUAUUCAGACAUGCUGGCACUCAGCCAGCGAGAUGAGCUCGAUAGUCGUGUGAGACAGUUAGUUUUUGUAGAUGGAGAAGACAAUGCCGGUUCCAAUUGUAGCACCAAAACAGUGAAUGUGGUUGUUCAAUCUGGACAGGUUCCAUCAGAUAGACUGCCAGUCGAGUCAGGAGCAGCAAAUCCACUUAGGGGCUCUAGUUUCCCUAGCUGGGAGAUACCGGCGAAUAAUAGAAUGGUUAGCCCCUUGUUGGACCUUCAUGCAGAUUAUGACGAGAACAGCUUACCCUCACCCACCCGAGAUAGUGCACCACCUUUUCCUGUGCCAAAGCCCAUUGGAUUUGGAGUAUUUCCAAUGGCACCUGACAGAUAUUUUUUGGCGGAAAGAGUUGAUCCUUCAAAAAAAGUUCUGUAUACAUGUGUGAAUGAUGCGCUAAAGGAUGUUUCCUCGUACCGACAGAAGUAUGGCCAGACAUCUACCUUUGCAAGUGAUGAUCUUCCAAGCCCAACCCCAUCUGAUGAUGGGGAUAAAUCUGGAGACAAAGAAGGUGAUAUAUUUGGUGAAGUUUCAAGCUUUUCAGCUUCUAAUAAGUCUGCUCCGCCAAGUGGGAAUCUGAUACCUGCCUCCCGACCUAGUGCAGUUAUCAGCAGCAAUGACAGUUUUGCAGGUGGUCCUCCAGGCUAUGCUAAACAAAUUGAACAGUCUGUUUCAGGACCCAGCCAUGCUCUUAAGCCUUCAGCUAAAAGUAGAGAUCCAAGGCUCAGGUUUUUGAACCGUGAUUCUGGUGGUACUGCAGAUGCAAAUAGACAUGUAAAUUUUGCAGAGCCAAAUGCUUCCAAAGAUGGGACCUUGGGGGGUGUUGUAUCAGAUAAUAGCCGGAAGCACAAGGCAACUGGCCAACCUCUCACGGGUGAAACCGUGUUAAAAAGAGCUAGGGAGAGUACUGGGAAUCCCAGAGACAUGCAGGUACCACCUAGUAGAGAUGGAAGUAACAUUAGCUCCUAUUCAGGUGACAGGGUUCAAUCAAAUCAGCAUAAAGGGCUUGAAACUAAGGCAGCCGGGAAUCCUAGUAUUAGGACCAGUAGUCAACUUAUUAGCAACGUAAGUAGUAUCCCAGACAGUACUGGAACUCUCCAAGCCUCCCAGCCUAAUUCAGUUCCACAGACCAGUGCAGCUCCUAUUGUUUCAUUGCCCGCAGUGUUAAAGGACAUCGCUGUGAACCCGACUGUGCUCAUGCAUUGGAUUCAAAUGGAACAUCAGAAGAGGUCAGCAUCAGAGCCUCAGCCUGCUUCAGGUAUUAUCUCUAGUGGCAUGAUCAAUAAUGUCACUGCUGGGAUGGUUAUACCACCUGGCAAUGCUCUGAAGACCGCAGAAGUUGCACACAUUCCUUCUUAUAGGCCACAAGCAACAUCGCAAACAGCCUCUGUGAAUUCACAAAAUGACCCUGGAGUAAUACGUAUGAAGGCCCGUGAUCCCCGUCGUGUCCUCCACAAUAACACAUCACAGAAGAACGAUACUCCGAACUCUGAUCAAGCCAAAAGCAAUGGAAUCACCCUGCCGGCCUUCCAGGACAGCAAAGACAAUUUGAUUAACCGUGAACAACUGGCAGAGCAACUUCAGACUACUGUGUUGCCAUCUCAACCAGUCUCAUUAUCCAGCAUUGCUGGACAGUCCACCAUGAGCGCGAGUAAGGUGGAUCCUGUCUCUAAUUCACAGUUAGCUGCUUCAUCACUCAUUGCUCCUCAAGAAACUUUAGUCAGCGUAAAUAGGGCAGAUCCAAGAGUAGCUGCUGGACAGAAUGAUUCCAAUGAUGCUGCCCCUGCUACAACACUUGGUACCAGGCCACCAGCUAACCAGUGGGGUGAUCUUGAUGAUCUCCUCAACGGUUAUGAUGACCAGCAGAAGGCUCUCAUACAGAAGGAAAGGGCAAGACGGAUCAUGGAACAGCACACGAUGUUUUCAUCGAGGAAACUUUGUUUAGUGCUUGAUUUGGAUCACACUCUCCUCAAUUCUGCGAAGUUUAUAGAAGUGGAUCCUAUUCAUGAAGAGAUUUUGCGGAAGAAAGAGGAACAAGACCGGGAAAGGUCAGAGCGGCAUCUGUUCCGAUUCCAUCAUAUGCAAAUGUGGACUAAACUAAGACCAGGAAUAUGGAAUUUUCUCGAGAAGGCGAGCAAGCUUUACGAGUUACAUCUGUACACGAUGGGGAACAAGCUGUAUGCUACUGAGAUGGCUAAGGUUCUUGAUCCUAGUGGAACCCUGUUUGCAGGGAGAGUCAUCUCAAGAGGUGGUGAUGGCAUCUCAAGAGGUGGUGAUGGUGAUACAUUUGACAGCGAUGACCGUGUACCAAAAAGUAAAGAUCUUGAUGGGGUUUUGGGGAUGGAAUCUGCAGUAGUGAUCAUCGACGAUUCUGUGAGAGUCUGGCCCCACAACAAAAACAAUAUGAUUGUUGUAGAGAGAUACACCUAUUUCCCCUGCAGCAGACGGCAAUUUGGCCUUCCUGGACCAUCACUUCUUGAAAUUGAUCGUGAUGAAAGGCCGGAGGAUGGCACUCUUGCUUCUUCGUUGGCGGUUAUUGGGCGCAUUCAUCAAAACUUCUUUUCUCAUCCCAACCUCAAUGAUGCUGAUGUGCGCAGCAUACUAUCAUCUGAGCAGCGGAGGAUCCUUGCCGGCUGCCGUAUUGUCUUUAGCCGGAUUUUCCCUGUUGGAGAGGCUAACCCCCACUUGCAUCCUCUCUGGCAGACUGCAGAGCAGUUCGGUGCAGUGUGCACGAACCAGAUUGACGAUCAGGUUACUCAUGUCGUUGCCAACUCACUAGGAACCGACAAGGUGAAUUGGGCACUACAAACAGGCAGAUUCGUCGUUCACCCAGGAUGGGUAGAAGCUUCAGCACUUCUAUACCGGCGUGCCAAUGAACACGAUUUUGCAGUAAAAUAACCAUUCCCGAGUCCAAAUUCCUCACCCAAGAGGAAUCCUCUUGGGACAGUCUGUGUCAUGAAAACUGAACAACACAAGUAAAAACUGGACCAGACUAAGAAAACCAUGGGCCAUAAGAAAACCACAUGCCAAGACAGGUAAUGAAAAAUGAUUUAUGCAAAGCCUGAAUUGGUAGAGGUCGGGCCAAAAUAAUCUUUGGGUUGGUGAGUAUUGCUUGUGAAGGGGUUCAGAUGGAUCAUGGAAAAAAGAAUGCUAAAGUGAAAAAUAGAUCAUCCAAGACUACCACCCUCCCUUGUAAACAUGUAAAAAUGUAUGUUUCUGGUGCCCUGGCCUCGUGCAAAGACUGCCUGCCGCAGAAAUGGGUUAAUGACAGCUAUUGGUCAUAAAGUAGCCAGCGCAGCAACCAUUGGGAUGAAGAGGCAUUAAGUCCGCGGACCCCCUUGUGGCUGUUGCCGUGUGGUGUGGCUCCAGGUGUCGGUGGCUGGAUUCCUUGGCGUGCCAAAGGGAAAUGCAGGGUUUGAUAUCAUGACGUGCCUGUAGCAUUUGCGUGGUUCAGUUGGGCAACAUUAUGUGUGAACACGUGAUAGCAGAGAACAAUGCAAGAGAGGUGAUCAGUUGGUUAAUGAAGUUGUUUCAGGAUUAUAUUAACUUCAGAAACUACAAGGGCUUGUGGGGAGGUAAUGAUGGAAAUUAACCUGAAUGGGCUUUUUGACAUACUCCCUUGGUCCUUAAAUAAGUGGAAAUAUAGAAAUAUUAAGGCAAAUUAUGAAGUGGAGUCACAAUGCUUUAGGAAGGCGCAAGUCAUCAUCUCUCUUUUUUAAUUACUCCAUCUUCAAUGAGCUAAGUGCAUGUAGAAAAUACAAAGAUUAUUGGUCUUGAUUUCCGUGUGUAAGAAAGAAACAAAAUUUGAAUGCUAAACGCCCACUAGGACGGAGGGAGUACCUCCCAAGGCCUACUUUGGUUCGUAGGAAUUUCAUAGGAUAAGAUUUUCAAAGGAAAAAUUCAUACGGAGCCCUUUGAUUUAUAGAAAUAAAUUCCUAUUCUUAUGUAGCAUAUCCAAUCCUUCAUAUUUCAAAGGGAAAAAAAUAUUAGCCUAGACUCAAUGAAAAAAUUUCUAUCUUGUGCAUCAGAUGGUAUCUCUUUCUUUAUAGGAAUUGAGAUGCAUGCCAUCUCACUUUCUGUGAAGUUCACAUUCCUACAAUAUUCCUAUCCUAUUAACCAAAGGAGGCGUAAAUUGUGGGUGAUUGUUCAUUAAGGUUGGUUAUAAUGGGGAGCAUUAUAUACUAGUAGUAUUAUGCAUAUGAUACUAGCAUAUGAUACUACUCCCUCUAAUUCUUUUUACUCUGCGUAUUAGAAUUGUUUGAAGUCAAACUUCAUAAAGUUUGAUCAUAUUUAUAUGUAAAAAUAUCAAAAUCUAUAAUUGUAAAGUUAUACAAUAUAAAGAUUUAAGUCACGACGCAUCUAAUGAUAAUAAUUUUACAUUGUGAAUGUA